AUGUCGCGACUGAACGGUAUAAAACUCGAGCAUUCACUACGCCUGCGCCCAAUACCUAACUCCUACUGGGCAACUCCCCUGCUACUCGCAUGCGAGUACCCCUGGUCUCCUUUUGAAACCUCCACCCAAAAACUUGACAAGCUUCUCGCCGCUGGCGUUCGCACCUUCAUCGACCUCACUGAGCCUGAGGAACUCAUACCCUACAAGCCCCACCUCCCAAGGCACAUCAGUGCUGCUGGCCUCGACGCGACUACCAUCCACUACCACCAGUUCCCUAUCCCUGAUCGUUCGCUACCUCACAAGCCAACAUAUUUCAUGCGUCUAGUGAUGGACGUGCUCAGGGAAAACGCAGAGCAAGGGCGCGUGUGCGCCGUGCAUUGCCGUGGUGGGAUUGGGAGGACCGGCCUAGUUAUUGGGUGCUGGCUCGUGGAGGCAGGAAUCGCGAGGGACGGCGAAGAAGCACUGAAGAUAAUAGAACGGGAGUGGCGGACCGUCGAGAAGUGCAAGCGCUUCCCGCAUUCGCCAGAGACUGGCCCGCAGUUUGAGUUUGUGAGGAACUUCACGAGUCCGGCGAUGGUGCAUGUAUAG